CUAAUAAUCAAGCGCGUCCUCAGAGCGCUGUACACUUUCAAGGGAGGACAUGCGGCGAUAGCAAUGAGGAGCUGUACAUAGGAUAUCUACAGAACCACUCGGCUGAGUCCUCUAUGAUUCAGCCACAGUUGAUUAUAUCAUAUUACCACCCAGUUCAAGCAGUAAAUCAUGGCAGACGCCAAGCCGCCCUCUGACAGGCCUCAGAGGAAGAUGUCUACUACAGGGGACAGUUUAUACAAGGUGCUGGGACUGGAGAAAGGGGCCACAGCAGAGGAUAUUAAAAGAGCCUACAGAAAACUGGCUCUGAAAUACCAUCCAGACAAGAAUCCAGACAACCCUGAAGCUGCCGAAAAGUUCAAAGAAAUCAACAAUGCCAACUCAAUCCUCACUGAUGAGACCAAGCGCAAGAUCUACGAUGAGUAUGGUUCAAUGGGGCUCUACGUGUCCGAGCAGUUCGGAGAAGAGAGUGUCAAAUACUACUUCCUCAUGUCAAAGUGGUGGUUCAAGGCUAUGGUCAUGUGCUGUGCCGUUUCCUCCUGUUGCUGCUGCUGUUGCUGCUGCUGUUUCUGCUGUGGAAAGUGCAAACCACCAGAGGAGGAUGAGAACUACCAGUAUGUGGACCCAGAAGACCUGGAGGCCCAGAUCAAAGCAGAGCAGGAUGGAGGAGGUGAAACAAUAAUUAUUGUCCAGCCUGUACCUAGUCCUGGUCUAGAAAUCUGCAGUGAAACUAUACCGGAUUCAAAAUGACUUUGGGGCGGUGAUUGGGAAGAGCUGCAUCAGGGAAGGGAGACUCAAAUGUCCCUAUUUUGAUCCAGCCCAGUUCCACCGUCAACACCUCAGAGUCCAUGCAUUUCGCAGCCAGCCAGUCCACGUACAACACCCAGAAAUGAGCCACCUGCCCGGUCCUGGUCCCGGUCAUUACAGAGGGGGUCCUGCUGAUGGACUCUAAGUGCCCCUGAUGUAGUGUGCUGACCGCAGGGCAUCUCGGCACCAGGACUAAACUGUGCCACUGCGCCAUACCCUGACUCUGACCCACUGGAAACGAGUGGCAUUUUGCCAAAAGACAAGGAAGCCUCUGCCAAUCUCACUUCAUCCGUGUCUCCAUUGGUGUGUAUGUCUGUCUGUUUGUAUACAUCUACGCAUUCGUUUCAAAAUAAUAUAGCUACGAGACUGGUGCUGUUGGUGGGCAGUGCUCCAGGUGGGAAGUGGGUCUUACAUUUGGGGUGUUUCUUUUUGGUUCUGGCUAUUUAUUUAAUUUUUAAACUUUUUUUUUUUUAUGUGUACGAAGCAUGGACGUGAGUGGAAUGAUCAUGUGAGUGCAUGCAAAGCAAUAACAGCAUGCCACUAAUAUACAGCAUAGGAACAUGUGCUAAAACCCCUCCCACUUAUCUUCAUCCAAAUAUGGAGCCGCCACAUGGCACUUUUAGUUUGCUUC